CCACACCCCCCGCCGAUGGACCGCUUCAUCUCAUCUCUCUCCCUCAAGUCCUCCUCAUCGCCACCCACCCUUGUAUCAAAAAAGUGCAAUCACCCACGACCAUCUUUCUCAGUCAUCAGCUCAUCAGUCACAUAUAGCAUCGUCUCUAAAAUCUUAGUCAAUUAAGAAGAACUCCGCCAUGUCGCAAGAACAAGACCCCGAUAUGAUCGAAGAGGAGGACGAGGAGGCCCUCAUCUCGGGACCGCUGCUCGUAGCGAAACUACAGGAAGCUGGUAUAUCGGCAUCAGACACCAAGAAGCUCCAAGAUGCCGGUCUUAAUACCAUCGAAGCCGUCGCAUUUACGCCGAAGAAGACGUUGUUGACAAUCAAGGGAAUUAGCGAGGCCAAGGCAGACAAGAUCCUCACCGAAGCAUGCAAGCUAGUCCCGAUGGGAUUCACCACGGCGACCGAAAUUCACUCUAGGAGAAGCGAGCUCGUCCAUAUUACGACCGGAGCAACUGGACUGGAUACGAUUCUAGGUGGAGGUAUCGAGACCGGGGCUAUCACUGAACUCUAUGGCGAAUUCCGAACGGGUAAAUCCCAAAUUUGCCAUACCCUCGCUGUCACCUGUCAACUCCCGAUCAGUAUGGGCGGAGGAGAGGGUAAAUGCCUGUACAUCGAUACCGAGGGGACUUUCCGACCCGCACGUAUGCUGGCCGUCGCCGAGCGCUAUGGGCUCAACGGAGAAGAGGUACUGGACAACAUUGCUUAUGCGAGAGCGUACAAUGCGGAGCAUCAGUUGAGCUUAUUGAUACAAGCUAGCGCGAUGAUGGCGGAAUCCAGGUUCGCCUUGCUCAUCGUGGACUCGUGUACUUCGCUGUAUCGUACCGACUUUUCAGGACGAGGAGAGUUAUCGGCACGUCAGAUGCAUUUAGCAAAGUUUCUGAGGAUGUUGAUGCGACUCUCGGACGAGUUUGGAGUGGCGGUAGUGGUUACCAACCAGGUCGUAGCGCAAGUAGACGGUGCCAUGUUUGCCGGUGCCGAUCCGAAAAAGCCGAUUGGAGGAAACAUCAUGGCACACGCCUCCACAACACGGCUCUCCUUGCGAAAGGGUCGAGGAGCGACCCGAGUGGCCAAGAUUGUCGAUUCGCCCGAAUUACCUGAAGCGGAGGCUGUCUAUUCCAUCAAUGCGGACGGUAUUGGCGAACCCCUGGAAGAUGGGUCGUAGGCGUCUCAUUCCGGGUAUCUCGUGUCCGUUUCCUACUCCCUUUCUAUCAUUGCUUGAUUCCCUCGACUCUGUCCUUUAUAUUCCCUUCUUUGGAUAGCCCGACUGUAUGCACAUUCGAAAUAACCUGGUUGUAAUCGAGAUAUACCAAGAUCUAGCGAAAGAUGAGGCUCCC